AUGGAAAUUGACGAAAAUCAAUUGCAUGAAGAAAUGAUUAUUAAUGAAGAAAAUAAUUUUGUAGUUCCAGACGACUUAAAUGGGUACACAUUUAAUAAGAAUAACAGUUCUAACAGCAGAAAUUUAUAUAUCCCUCCCUUUAAUAAAAUUAUUAUGCAAGGUUUAAGUCAGUUAUUGAGAAAAGCAAUAUCAUUUCUAGACACUAAAGCGUUCAAAAUUACAGAUGAUAGAGCUCAACUUUUACGAGAUAUUAUUCAGAAGGAUAAUACUUUAACUGAGGAAGAGAAAUUAAUAGCUAUUGAUAUUACUGAUCCGCCAUAUUUUUUUAUAGCUUUUACUAUUAGGAAAGCCAUAUCGCUUUUGGAUCCUAAAAUUUAUACUACUAAUAAUGAUCGACUUCGAUUUUACAAGAUAUUAUUCAAGAGGAUGUUAUUUUAG